CUCCCAGCGCCGCGGCUGCUUCCGGGAUUCCAUCAUGGGGGACUGAGGAAGCGCAGCAGCCCCAGAGCUGGCCCGGUGGACGGUCACCUUCCCCCGAGUCUCUGCGAAGCGGCACCCGCCUCCCCAGGGAGCGGCCGACGGCGGGCGCCGGGUACAUGUUCCGGGGGGCUGAGCCCAACCCGAGCAGACCUCCGGCCGCCAGGAAGAGCUGGCAGUUCAGCAAGACUAUGGAGGAACUAGUUCAUGAUCUGGUCUCGGCACUGGAGGAAAGUUCGGAACAAGCAAGAGGAGGCUUCGCAGAUACGGGAGACCAUUCUCGCAGUGUCUCUUGUCUUCUAAAACGCCAGGCCCGAAAGCGAAGGGGGAGGAAAAGACGUUCAUUUAACACCCAUCACCCCUGGGAGACAGGCCACUGUUUAAGUGAAGGCUCUGAUUCCAGCCUUGAGGAACCAAGCAAGGAUUAUAGAGAAAACCAUGCCAAUAACAAGAAAGACCAUAGCGACUCUGACGACCAGUUGUUACUUGCAAAACGCAGGCCGACGUCAAAUUUAAAUAACCUCAGAGGCAAAAGGCCUCUAUGGCAUGAACCCGAUUUAGCAGUUGACAAUCUAGGAAAUAGGACUCUGCGUAGGAGGCGAAAGGUGAAACGAAUGGCAGUGGAUCUACCUUCAGAAGUAACAAACACGCUGACCUUACCGCAGCAGCAGCAGGAUAACAUUAAGGAUCAGGAAAUGGACAAUGACAACAGAUCUUGCCAACAUCAAGAACUAACAAAGAGCAAAGUUAAAAAAAGGAAACUAGCAGCAAGUCGGCAAGGACCAGACAUUUUGGAUGAAGGAGUGGUCAUUGAGAAUGAUGAAAUCAACCAGACAAGCAAGGAUAAGAUGGAAUAUGAGGAGCAAAAGGGCUCAGAUGAAAACAUGAGUGACAGUGAAUCCAGCAGCCUGAGCAGUAGUGAUGCUGGUUUGUUUACCAAUGAUGAGGGAAGACAAGGUGACGAUGAGCAGAGUGACUGGUUCCAUGAAAGUGAACCUGGAGGUGCCUGUGGGAUCACUGGGAUCAUUCCCUGGUGGGAAAAAGAAGACUCUGCAGAACUGGAAAAAGAGUUGCCUGAUCCAGUCUUUGAAAGUAUUUUAACAGGCAGUUUUCCUCUGAUGUCCCACUCAGGCAAGAGAGAUUUCCAGACAAGGUUUAGUCACCUUCAUGGAAUGCCAGCAAGGAACAUCAAAAAGGCUGCUGGGAAUCUGACCACAAUGAAUACUGCUCCAGGCUCAUGCGUCAACAAGAAAGCUGCGCAUUUGUCCCAGGAGUCUCAUCACCAUGACCAUUGGUUUAGCCCUGGGGCUAGGAAGGAACAUAGCCAGCUUCAACUCCUGCGGGACAACCGAUCAGAGAGAGGACACAAGAAAAACAGUUCAGUGAAAACAGCUAGCAGACAGACAAGUGUGCAUUUGGGAUCCUUAUGUAUGGGUGAUAUCAAACGAAGGAGAAAAGCCGCACCACUGCCAGGACCCACCGGGUUUGUAGGUGAAAAUGCUCAACCGAUCUCAGAUAGCAACAUUGGCAAUAGGAUGCUCCAAAGUAUGGGCUGGACACCUGGCACAGGCCUUGGACCAGAAGGCAAAGGGAUAGCCGAACCAAUCCGAGCAAUCCAGAGGCCAAAAGGACUUGGACUUGGAUUCAGCUAACCGAAAGGCGCUCCAGCUGCUGUUCAGACAAGACGACGACCAACCUUUCAGCUUUGAAAUAACUAAAAACAUUCAGCUGUUCUCAGAAACAUCCAGUGAUUCUUACUGUAACUUUUGAAUACAGAAGCCUCAAUGUUUUCUAUUAAAAGCUGCAAGGGACCAGCCAUUAGGGCAGUCCUGAUGUUUGAACCCUAACUCUGUAAUGGUGCUAAUCUUUUUAAUUGUACUUUUUUAUUUUCUGUGGUCUUGACCAUUUAUAUUGUCAAAAUCCCCAAGAACUGAUUGGAUCCAUUCCCCCCACCCCUUUAAAGACUUGCCAACUGCA